CACGGACACGGCGUCGAACACCCUGCGCUCGCUCCACCCAGUCAGCGCCACCACAUCCGCCAGCCAUGGCGUUCGCGCUCAAGGCCGCCGCCACGGGGUCGGCGUCGUUCUCCGCCGCGGGGCCGAGGCGGGGCGCCGCCUCCGCCACGGGGAGGGUCUCGUUCCGGGGCGCCGCGCCCGCGGUCGCCGUCAGGGCCGCGGCGGCUGCCGCCGCCGCUGUUGCGGAGGACAAGCGCAGCAUCUCCGGCACCUUCGCCGAGCUCAGGGAGCAGGGGAAGACUGCCUUCGUCCCCUUCAUCACUGCUGGUGACCCUGACUUGUCCACCACAGCAAAAGCACUCAAGAUCCUUGAUGCGUGUGGUUCGGAUGUCAUUGAAUUGGGUGUGCCUUACUCUGAUCCAUUGGCUGACGGCCCUGUUAUUCAGGCCUCUGCGACACGCGCGCUAGCAAAGGGCACCACAUUUGAGGAUGUCAUCUCCAUGGUAAAGGGGGUCAUACCUGAGCUGUCCUGCCCUGUAGCACUUUUCACAUAUUACAACCCGAUUCUGAAGCGUGGCAUCCCGAAGUUCAUGAGUAUUGUUAAAGAAGCUGGUGUACAUGGUCUUGUGGUACCAGAUGUUCCUUUGGAGGAGACAGAUGUUCUAAGGAGUGAGGCUGCCAAAAACAACCUAGAGCUGGUGCUACUGACAACACCGACUACACCAAAUGAAAGAAUGGAGAAAAUUGCACAGGCUUCAGAAGGAUUUAUUUAUCUUGUAAGCACUGUUGGAGUUACUGGUACACGUGCGAACGUGAGUGGCAAGGUGCAAUCUCUUCUUCAGGAUAUCAAGAAGGUGACAGAAAAACCUGUGGCGGUUGGCUUUGGUGUGUCGACUCCAGAGCAUGUCCAGCAGAUUGCAGGAUGGGGCGCAGAUGGUGUGAUCGUUGGUAGCGCAAUGGUGAGGCUAUUGGGGGAAGCUGCUUCUCCAGAAGAAGGAUUGAAGAAGCUAGAAGAGUUAGCCAAGAACCUGAAGGCUGCAUUGCCAUGAACCAGCCAUUUUAAUUAGCAAAGAAAUUAAGAUUUUUCUUUUCCAAUUUUGGCUUGCAGGGUUGCUGUUGUGUAGUGAAAAUAAUUAUGUGUCCUUAUUUGAAUGCUCAAAUGAAUAAAUCAAGGCCCCACAAUGUUCAUAUGUUUUGCACGGAGGAGCAUAAUCACCCUUAGUAAGCA